AUGGCAUCUUCAGAAGAAUUCACGCCAAAAUCCAGCAGGAAUAAUAGAAAAUACUCAUGAAGCACAGACGAAUCAAAAAGCAUUGAGCUCAAAACAGGCCCAUGGACAGCUGAAGAAGACCAAAUGGUCAUGAAACUUGUCAAUAAAAACGGCCCUCAGAAGUGGAGUUUUAUAGCAAAGCACUUGCCAGGGAGGAUAGGGAAACAGUGCAGAGAGAGAUGGCACAACCAUUUGAACCCGAAUAUAAGAAAAGACACAUGGACUGAAGAAGAAGAAUGAAUCCUUUUUCUGUAUCAUAAAAUCAUGGGCAACAGGUGGGCGGAAAUUGCAAAAAUAUUGAAAGGGAGGACAGAUAAUUCAAUAAAAAACCAUUGAAAUUCGUCAAUGAAAAAAUUGGUCCCUGAUUUCAAUGUGAGAUACAACACACUUAUGAAGCUUCAUGGGCAUUGUGACUCUUCGCAUAUCUGCAAUGAGCAUUCUAAUGAAGAAAUCGGAAAACGCAAAAGAGGUAGAAGGUCUUCAAAUGAAGCAUCUGAGCUGCCGAAUGUACCAUGCUUGCAAGCACACAAUCAAGUUUUGUCUGAAGCUUUGGAAGUUUAUCAGCAGAGCUUGAUGAGCUGUGGAAGAGAAGAAGAAAACAGCCAAUUCACUCCGCUUCCAAAGAAAAAAAGAAAAAUUGCUGAUUCCACGCCUUCUUGUAGCAAGUUUAAUGAGUAUGCAGAAAUUGAUGAUACAGGCUACAUCUAUACACCAAUUGUUUCCCCACCGAAAAACCAAUAUUUCAAAUUUUCAUAUUCCCUUUAGUUAAUAUAAGGAGUUUAGUAGCCAUUUCUCUAUUGAGACAAAUAUGGUUUUAGUUAUGAACAAUAAAGUAUUAUCAUUUUCAAAUGGAUUACCCUUCAUAUACAAAUGAAAAAUGUGAUACAUGCACUAGCAGCAAUGUCAAUUCAUACAGUUUGAGGACUCCUGAAAACUUCAAGUCGCCAUAUUCAGAACUAUUUGAAAGCCCAAGCUUUAUGCUAAAUUUUGAUACCAGUCCUGAAGCAAAUAGAAAGAUUAAUAUUUAA